AGCGCAACGUUCAUCGCUUCGACCAAUAUAAUUGCAUUUGUUUUUUUUUACCGUGUCAGUAUUAAGAUCUUUAAUAUGGUGAUCAGAUCGUGGAAUGUGCCCCAUUUGGGUGGGCAACAUCCUGGCGCCGACAAGCAUAGUCCCCUGUGGGGCUCCGUGCGUCUCACCUACACUUUAUGUGCCUUUCUCACCAACAUGCUGCAAAUGGGCAUGCGAAAUAUGCUGGGCCUGGUCAUUUUGCGUAUGGUCAAAGCGCGCCCAGAAGAUGUCCUGUUGCAGCACUCAGCGUUGGCGUCGAAUCAGGCUAAUAAUUUGACUGACUCGCAGGUUUGUGGCAGCGGCGUGUGGCACAAUGCCAGCUUGGAAUUGGUUGAGACAGGUGAUUUGCCAUGGACCCGUAACCAGGAGCUAACGUUUCCAGGCGUUUUAUACUAUGGCUACGUUAUUGCGCUGCCAUUGGCAGGACAUUUGACGGAUCGAUUUGGUGGCAAGGUGCUCUUCAUCAAUUCGAUGACGAUGCAAGCCUUGUCCUAUAUUGCGCUACCGGUUAUGGCCGAAUAUAGUUAUGUUGCCGCCGUCAUUGUUAUGGUCUUUUCUGGCAUCUUUGCGGGUUGCGGCUCACCACCUUUGUACCAGCUGUUCUUGGUCUGGGCGCAUCCCACGGAGCGCACCUCGAUGUUAUCCUUUGCAUACAGUGGCCUGAUCGUCGGCUCAAUCGGCAUAUAUCCGCUGGCGAGUUACUUGAGCGAUUUCGGCUGGCGAGUUCCGUUCUAUGUGCUGGGCAAUGUGGCACUCUUAUAUGGCAUUAGUUGUAAUUGGCUCAUUUACAAUACCCUCGAACAGCAUCCACGUCUGACUGAUGCUGAGCGUGACUAUUUAAAGCCCAAAGAUUUUGCACAAGCGCCACAGCAUUUGAGCAUACCUUGGAGAUCGUUGUUGACCUCAGUGCCUGUUUAUGCAUUUAUGCUGACGCAUGUCUUUCACAAUUGUGGAUUCCUAGUGUUUUCACUGAUAAUGCCACGUUUUAUGCAAGAGGCCAUGCAGUUCAAUAUGAAAGAGAUUGGAUUUCUCUCGUCGGCUCCAUUUAUCGGCAGCAUGCUCUCCAAAUUGAUUUGUAUUUUCAGUUGCUCCUAUAUAGAAAGACGUUUGUUCUUAAAUCUCGGUCGCCUGCGUCGUCUUUUGUAUGCCGUCUGCACCAGUGCAACAAUAGUUUUAAUUGGAGUCAUCAUCGUUGCGAGCUGUCAGCAAAAAGCACUCGUUUUACUUAUUUUUGUGCUCGUGGGAGCUACAAUGGAUAUGGGCUUUAGUGGGGGCUAUUGGCCCACUUUAUUGUAUUUUGCUCCUUCAUUUGCCGGUAUGAUUUCAGGCCUGGCCAACAGUCUGGGACACUUGUCUGGAUUUCUGGCACCACAUCUUAUCGCCAUUUUGGUGCAUACCGGUAUUAAAUCGGAAUGGAAUGCUGUUUUACUUACACUGAUGCUUUUUAAUGCUCUUGCCAUAAUUGUUUUUGGACUUUUUAGUAGUACGACACUGCAGACAUGGGAUCCCCGAAGCCAAAAGUCUAAUCUUACUAAUUCGACUCAAGAAACCACAAAUUAGUAUUGAAAGCAGAAUAGUUCCUAAAUCUAAUCGAUAAUCAAGUGUAUAUGUGUGCCAAGUGCGUCCAAACUUUUGUGUAUGUUUGCAUAUGUAUUAUUUAAGUGUACAUUUUAAAUUAUUUGGCAAAUGUUAUUUCUUAUUCACACUGUUAUGGUUUAUUGUUUUUGGGCCUGAUAUACU